GAACCUGUUGUAGACUUCAUCUUUACGCACGCGCGCAAUCCCCUCUGGCGCGUAAUGAUGCGCUCUGGCGCUUGGAGACGCGCAGGUAUUCCUCCAGGGACAAUUAGUCAGGGACAAAUCAGAAGUUUCUGUGGAGAUGAGUUAUGUUGUGCGUGAAGCAAAGCUUUGCGCUUCCCAGUCAACGGUGCCAAAAUCAGACAGACGGAUGGAUUUCAUGCUUUGCGAGAUCGAUGGAUAAACAGAGGGAAAGAUGGAUGGUGGCGUCUCUGUAGGGUGACAUCAGAAACGGGCAUGCCACCAGAAACGCGAACAAAUUUUUCAGGAACGCUGAGAAACUGUUGCUGUUUCUAAUUGUUUUUGUGUUUUUAUUUAAUGUGACAACAUGCUGCAGACAACUGACAACAAGAUACACGUGGCCAAUAACCUAAUGGACAUGGACCAGGACCCUUGCAAACGGCUGUGCUUUGCCGACGGCCGAAGGAAAGUGGACUAUGUGCUGGUGUACCACUAUCGAAAACGCUCCUCCGUCAGGGGGUCUCCUAGUCAACACAGACUGUCUGUCAUCUCCAAUGGUAGUUAUCCUUUAGGAGUGGAGGGAAAAGACCCAGAGGGAGGGAAAGAUGAACCUGCGGAGGUGGUGGUGGACGUCGGACCCCCAAUCCCUGCCGAUGGGGAGAAAAUCAUGAUCCGAGAGGAGUUUGAGGGCAAUUUAAAGGAUGCUGGGCUGGAAAUUGAGCGUGAUAAAGAGAACAAGGCUCAUGGUCAUGCUUUCAUUCGGCUACAUGCGCCUUGGCAGGUGUUGAGCAGAGAGGCAGAGUUUCUCAAGAUCAAGGUGCCCACCAAGAAGAGUUACGAGUUGAGGGAAGAAAAAGGUCUGGCUGCCACCAUGAAUGAGGUGUGGCGGAAGUUAAAUCAACCUUUUCAGCCCAAAGUACCCCAUCAGGAGCAAGAACACAGCCGUACAAAGUUCCUUUCGCACUGUUUCUCCCGGGACAAGCUCCACCUGUACAACAUCAAUUCAAAGGACACCUUCUUUGACAAUGCCACAAGGAGCCGAAUAGUGUAUGAAAUCCUCAGACGCACUGCCUGCUCACGGACCUGCCAAACCAUGGGUAUCACCACGCUGAUAGCCAACGGGGUUUAUGAUUCAGCAUUCCCGCUACACGAUGGAGACUUCCACCCCAGUGGACAAGCUGAGGGGAAGAAUGACAGACAACUGUUACAUGAUGAAUGGGCAAGAUAUGGUGCUUUUUACAAGUAUCAGCCUGUUGAUCUUAUCAGGAAGUACUUUGGGGAGAAGAUAGGCCUCUACUUUGCCUGGCUUGGUGUCUAUACUCAGCUUUUGAUUCCUGCAUCUGUGGUGGGCAUCAUCGUGUUCUUCUAUGGCUGGGCCACUGUGGAAACAAACAUACCUAGCCAGGAGAUGUGUGACGAGGAUCAGAACUUCACUAUGUGUCCCCUCUGUGAUCGAGCAUGUGACUACUGGCACCUGAGCACAGCGUGUGGCACGGCACGUGCCAGCCAUCUCUUUGACAACCCAGCCACCGUGUUCUUUGCUAUCUUCAUGUCCCUGUGGGCUGUCAUGUUUCUAGAGUACUGGAAGCGCAGACAGAUCAGUCUGAACUAUAGCUGGGAUCUGACAGGCAUGGAGGAGGAGGAGGAACAUCCCAGACCCAAAUAUGAAAUGAUUCUCCUUCAAAAGAGGCAGAGGAAGAAGAAAAAUAAAAAUAACAAAAAUGAGCCUGAGAGAGGUGUGGAGGAGAGUGGGGAACUGGGGAAGGACAAAUGGAGGCAGAGGUUACUGUCAGCCAUGGCAGCUGGGAAUCCGACUGGACAUGAGAAGCUAACAUGGAGGGACAGACUGCCUGGAUAUUUAAUCAACAUUUCCUCCAUUCUCUUCAUGUUUGGAGUGACUUGCUCUGCCGUCUUCAGUGUCAUCAUCUACCGCAUCACCAUCUCUGCCCUCAUGGCCAUGAGUCCGGAUCCAGAGGUCAAGUCCAACGUACGGGUAACCGUCACAGCCACUGCCGUCAUUAUCAACCUGGUGGUCAUCCUCAUCCUGGAUGAGAUCUAUGGCAUGGUGGCUGCCUGGCUCACAGAACUAGAGAUCCCAAAAACGGAGACCGACUUUGAGGAGCGUCUGAUUCUGAAGGCUUUCCUCCUGAAGUUCAUGAAUGCCUAUGCGCCCAUCUUCUACGUGGCCUUCUUCAAAGGGAGGUUUGCAGGCCAUCCCGGUGAAUAUGUUUAUGUCUUCAAUGACUACCGUAUGGAAGAGUGUGCUCCUGGUGGCUGUCUAAUUGAACUCUGUAUCCAGCUCAGUAUCAUCAUGUUGGGAAAGCAGCUUAUUCAAAAUAACAUCUUUGAGAUCGGCAUUCCAAAGCUGAAGAAGCUGUGCCGCACACUCAAGGACAAAGAGCGGGCGCCCAAGGAGAUUGUGGAGCAGCCGGGUCGCCGCCAACAGUGGCACCUGGACUAUGACCUGGAGCCGUUUGAUGGACUCACACCUGAAUACAUGGAGAUGAUCAUUCAGUUUGGUUUUGUGUCGCUCUUUGUGGCCUCAUUUCCGCUGGCUCCACUUUUCGCUCUCUUAAACAAUGUCAUCGAGAUCCGCCUCGACGCCAAGAAGUUCGUGACGGAGCUUCGCAGGCCAGAAGCCAUUAGGGCCAAAGAUAUCGGUAUUUGGUAUAACAUCUUGAGUGGUUUGGGAAAGUUUUCGGUCAUCAUCAAUGCCUUUGUCAUCUCCUUCACAUCAGAUUUCAUCCCUCGCUUGGUCUACCAGUACAUGUUCAGCGAGACGGGGACCAUGCAUGGCUUCAUCAACCACACGCUCUCUUACUUUAAUGUCAGCAACUUUAAACCUGGAACUGUGCCUUCCAUCUCCAGUCUCGGCAAAGACAUUACAUUCUGCAGGUACAAGGACUACAGAGAACCACCAUGGUCGAGUGAGCCUUACCAGUUCUCCAAACAGUACUGGUCGAUUCUUGCGGCUCGGUUAGGUUUCGUCAUAUUGUUUCAGAACCUUGUAAUAACCAUGAGCAUGCUGGUGGCCUGGGUGAUCCCGGACAUGCCUAAAAACAUCAGCGAGCAGCUGAAGAAGGAGAAGACUCUUCUGGUGGAUGUCUUCCUGAAUGAAGAAAAGGAGAAGUUGCAGUUGAUCCAGAGCUUGUUCUCCAGAGAUCUGACACAAGAACAGCAGGAGGAGCUGAAUGUGUCGGAUCAGACCUCGCUGCCUCUUCACCAAACUCAACCCAGACCGCACCCUCCCACCUCGUCUCCGGCUCCUCGCACCCGACCCCGAGCCGCAAGCUUCAGCCAGUUCACCCGCCAGAUGUCCAUGUCUCCCCAAAGCAACAUCACCCAACACACGGCCGUGUGAGGGAAGUCGGGCGAGAGAAGAUGAGUCUGGAGUGCAUUUCACAGUGCCUGAGUGCUGGAUUUUGAGGAUUUGCUGAAGUUUGAGGCUCUGAGUUUUGGGAAUCAGGUGACCUUGAUUCUAUGUUCCUGUUUUUUUGUACCGGAGAAUGAGGGGUCACUCCUUUUGGUCACUGAACUGUAGUCUGAAUGUCUGUCUUGCAGGCUCCACAUCUGGUUUUUAAACCCUCAGAUGUUCCUAUACCAUUUUGAGGCAUGUCUGCACGCAAACUUCAAGCUUCAGUAGGACCGCUUGCAGAUGCAAUCAUUCCACAUGCACUGACGUUCACAGGAACAUGAGCGGGAUCCUCUUAGAUGCACAUUUUUUUCUCCAUGAUCUGCUCUUGAGUAAGAAUGUGUGUCGGCACAAACUCGUAAAGAGCCGCACGCAUUUGGUGAUAUUGCGCAAUCUGUACAUGCUGUCCAAAUGCAAACUGCUUUGCACAUUGUCCACAAGAUGUAGCAUAUAAUGGCAAGUAAUCUUUCAUUUUCUCAGGUAACAGCGUCACUAGGCUGUAUUUGUUCUCAUCAAUAUGGGUUAAUAAAGACUAUGAUGCGUAUAAAUUAAGGUGCAAAGAACACAAUUUCAAUGUGAUACUGCGACGUAUUCUGUGAAACGUGUGGCAUUUUGUCUUUUUAAUGAUCCAGUCCGUAAUGUUACACAUUAAGGCAAUAUGUAAUUAAACUCACAUUUGUCAAUCCAUAUAUUUAUGCCAUGCAUCCUUGUGAUAAAAUGCAGGGCUGUAGAUUCAGAUUGCACAGCAUUUGCUGUAUUUAUGAUUGUGGAGCAGCUGGUCUUUUUGUGCCAUGUCAAAUAUAAUCCUCACAUGAAUUUGCCGUCACCGGUGUGGGAAGGUUGAGCGGGGGUUACUGUCAUCCAGGGAGGAAUCAUGGAUGGAUGUUGUGUGCCAACAUCUGGCCAUCAAGUCAUCAUUCACUAUGCCUCAUAGGACUUAAUACUCAUGCAAGAAGAAUAAAUAUUUAUUCCCAAUUA